UAAGAUUGAGUAACACGUGCCACGUGAUGCUUGCAGAGCGCAAACGAAAAGAGAAAUGGAGCCACGAUCCCAGGAAUACACAGUGGACGCGUGACAAGUCAAAGUUUGGGUACCGCAUGCUUGAGAAAAUGGGAUGGAAAGAAGGGAAGGGUCUAGGACUACAAGAAGAUGGAUCUGUUGCUGUAGUAACGGUGAAGAAGAAAACAACUAAUCUUGGAGUUGGCGCAAAGCAUAAACAUGAAGACAAUUGGUUGGAAAAUCAAGCUGCCUUUGAUGACCUGCUGGCUACGCUGAACACUUCAUCAACCACAGGUGUAAACAAUAGAUAUUCUGUGCAUCGACAUAGGAGUUUCAAGCAUUCGACGACUUCAAUGUACCGAAAUUUGAUCACUACCGAAAUGGAAUAUUCAGGAGAAGAAAGGACCGCAAGCAAAGUGUCAUUACAGCAGUUGUCAUCAUCUAGCAGGAAACGGAUUCAUUAUAAGAGAUUUACACAGGGCAAAGACUUGUCGCUUGCAUCUUCACAUGAUGUGGAUAGCAUACUGGGGAGAAGAAGAGUCAAGGAGAUGUCAUGUGAAUCGGUAAAGGAUAUUUUUUGUUGUUGUUGAAAUGACAGGUAGGAAUUCAGACGAGUAAAGAGGCAGUUAGUCAGACAGACAGACAGACAGACAGAUAUAUAGAUAAAUAGAUAAAAAAGAUAUAUAUUAAUUUUUUUAUAGUUUACCCACUAACAGUGAGCA